ACGUGUUGUGUUAACUGUUCGCGCAUCGAUUUCUCAUUAAAAUAACAUACAAAAUUACAAUUUUCUACAAAAGGGACAAGUAAGCCUCUUAAAUGGCUUUAGAGCUUAGUUAUCAGUCUAUUAAAACGGCUAAUAGUGUACGGGAAUCGGAGGAUCUGAGACAGGAGACAAGGAAAAGAAAUCUUCUGGUUCUCAUGCUUUCUCAUUUAUCAGAUAACGGAUACAUUGAAGCUGCAGCUGCCCUUGAAAAAGAGGCAAAUAUAAGUUUAAAUAGAUGGCAGGUAUGCGACAAUGUUGACUUGGACAAUAUAUUGCAAGAAUACGAAUCAUAUUAUUACAUCAAGUUCCAGAAACAUCCAAAAAUCACCAAAAAACUUGCGAGUGCAGAUGUUAAUAAAGCAAGGGCUCAUCGUACUAGGAGAUCAAUUCCUUCUUCCGAUCAUUCCACAUCACUGCCAAGAAUUUCAAACGGGAACCAGAGUGCUCCCAUAGGAGUCCGAAGGAGACCAGGAUCAGGAGGAGAUGGGAAAAAGAAGGCUACUCAACGACAGAACAGUGACUUGUCAAAAUCAAGUACAGAUUCUACCGGUGAAAAUGUCACUGUUAAAGCAGCAGAUCUUGGACUAACAGUGUCUUCUGUUGCUAUCAGAGACGAUAAAAAGAAUGAAAGAAAUCGAAAAGAAAUAGUUGACGUGCGUUCAAUGCUGAAUGAUGCAAUACGUGGAGCAUCUAAUGAUAUUAUGACCAAUCAAAGUGACAGGAUGGUUAAACCUCUUGGUGGUUUUGUUGGUUUUAAUCACGAAAUGCGUGAGCUUGCCACUGUGAUAUCACGUGAUAUUUACCUUCAUGAUCCAAAUGUGAAAUGGAGUGACAUUGUUGGUCUUGAUCACGCAAAAUCUCUUGUCAAAGAAGCAGUUGUGUAUCCUAUAAAGUACCCCCAGUUAUUCACUGGUAUCCUCACACCAUGGAAAGGCAUUUUACUUUAUGGUCCACCAGGGACAGGGAAAACAAUGCUAGCGAAAGCUGUAGCCACCGAAUGCAACACAACUUUUUUCAAUAUAUCUGCUUCUUCAAUAGUCAGCAAAUGGAGGGGGGAUUCAGAAAAACUGGUUCGAGUUUUAUUUGAACUUGCGAGAUUUCACGCUCCAUCGACCAUAUUUCUCGAUGAACUUGAAUCAGUGAUGAGUCAGCGUGGUUCUGGACCUGGAGGUGAACACGAAGGCAGUCGGCGAAUGAAAACUGAACUUCUUGUACAAAUGGAUGGCCUCGCUAGAAGUGAUGAUCUCGUGUUUGUUCUCGCAGCGUCUAACUUGCCUUGGGAAUUGGAUCACGCCAUGUUAAGAAGAUUGGAGAAGAGGAUUAUAGUUGACUUGCCAACUCAUGAAGCAAGAAUGUCCAUGUUUUCAAGAUUUCUGCCACCCUGUAAUAAAGAUGGGGGUCUUGUCAUCAACACCAAGUUAGACUACCCCACACUUGCAGAGAACACUGAAGGCUACUCAGGUUCUGACUUGAAGUUGGUUUGCAAAGAAGCAGCCAUGCGUGUCGUGAGAAAAAUCUUCCACACGUUGGAAAGCCACCAAGAUGGACAGCAGCUUCCUGAUUUCUCACUGGAGACUAUUAUGACUAACGAUGUUCUUGACGUAUUAAAACAUACGAAGCCAUCGUCGGGUAAACUGGGCAACAAAUACGCCGAGUGGAGAGCAAAAUACGAAUCUGUUUGACGCCUUAUUUCUUUUCCUAUGAAAUUUCAUUUGUUUGAUUUUUAUUAAAACUUUUUGAUCACAGUGA